AUGAGUGCUUCCGAUGAUAGCAAACAAGUUGCAGUCGCAACACAACCCUCCAAGGAGAUCGCAGUAAGUUCACCUUACUACCUUCAUCCCUCGGAUAAUCCCAGAUCUGUGAUCUCAGGGGUACAAUUGAAUGGUGAAAACUAUUCAGAGUGGGCCACCGAGCUGGAAAACGCUCUACGUGCAAAGCGUAAGACGUGUUUCAUUGAUGGGACCUUGCCAGCUCCAUCCACCACAUCUGAAGAUUAUGAUCAAUGGAGGACAGUGAACUCCAUGAUCGUGGGAUGGAUCCGUUCCUCCAUCUCUCUGAAGAUCCGCUCUACGGUGACGUUCACACCCGAAGCAUACAAGUUGUGGGUUGAUCUCAAGAAGAGAUUUGCGGUUGGAAACUCUGUUCGUGUGUAUCAACUGAAGGCGGAACUUGUUGCUUGUAGACAAGAAGGUCUCUCGGUCCUAGACUACUAUGGGAAGCUCUCUUCCAAGUGGGAAGAACUCAACAACUACAAGCCAAUACGUCAUUGUUCCUGUGGAGGGACAUCGCCGUAUGUGAAAGAAAGAGAAGAGGAGCAGGUGUACCAGUUCCUGAUGGGCUUGGACGAGUCUCGUUUCGGGAAUAUUUGCACCACCAUCAUUGGUACUGAUCCGCUACCAGAUGUGAAUGAAAUUUAUCAGAAGAUUGUUAGAGAAGAGCGGAGGUUAAACUCUCUGAGGAAUGAGCACAAACCCGAUGCAGUAGGUUUUGCUACACGAUCAGAGACCCAUUCUGAGGCUACGACACUGUCUCCACCUUUGGCUGCUGCAACACGAACACGGGAGCGUGUACCAUCGUGUUCUCAUUGUGGACGGAGGGGUCAUGAGAAAACAAAGUGUUGGCAGAUAGUUGGUUUCCCGGAGUGGUGGUCUGAGAAAUAUCAAGGGGCUCCACCAGGUGGCAGGGGACGAGGAAGCGAACGAGGAUCAUCUUCUGGCAGAGGACGAGGAACACCACAGUUCCGCGCAAACACUGCUAAAAAAACCUCGCCGCUCCCAAACUUUACACCUGAUCAGAUGGAGUCGCUUUUGGAGGAUAUGGUGUCUUGUCCUAUUAACUUUGCGGAUGGUAGUCAAGUGUUUGCUAGACAGUAUGGCGUGUUGACAUUGUCGAAGAAGAUUUCACUCCAAAAUGUUCUUCUUGACCGGUUUACGAGGACACUGAUUGGCGCAGGUGAAGAACGUGAUGGAGUCUAUGUUUAUCGGGAUGUAACGGCUGCACGUGUGCACAAGGCUCAAGUUGUUGAAGACAAGACUUUGUGGCAUCGACGGCUGGGACACCCAUCUUUUCAAGUUUUGUCAUUUUUGCCUUUGGUUUUUGGUGUUGGUGUUGAAAGUAGUACUAGGCAGCUUAGUGAAUGUGAGAUUUAUUUUAAGUCAAAACAGACCCGAGCUGUAUUCUUUGAUAGUAUCAAUAAAGCUUCCGAAUGUUUUUCUCUCAUUCAUGUUGAUGUAUGGGGACCAUACCGUGUUCCUUCUUCUAGUGGAGCAAACUAUUUCUUAACAAUAGUAGACGAUCACUCUAGGGAAGUGUGGACAUACUUGCUUCUUGAGAAAAGCGAGGUUAAGAUAGUGUUGCAAAACUUUUGUCAUAUGAGUGAAAGACAGUUUGGAAAACAAGUCAAAAUAGUGAGAAGUGACAAUGGAACAGAGUUUAUGUGCUUGGAAGAAUUCUUUGCAGAGAAAGGAAUUGCUCAUGAAACAUCGUGUGUGGCAACUCCACAGCAGAACGAUCGUGUUGAGAGAAAGCAUAGGCACAUACUCAAUGUGGCUCGUUUGUUUAUGUUCCAAGCACACUUGCCCAUCAAGUUUUGGGGAGAUUGUGUUCUAGCUGCUACUCAUGUCAUAAAUCGGACUCCAUCUACAAUCUUACAUGGCAAGUCACCUUAUGAGAUUUUAUUUGGAGUCCCACCGUUAUAUGAAGAUCUCAAGGUGAUCGGAUGUCUGUGUUAUGCUCACAAAGUUGCUAGGGAUAAAGAUAAGUUUGGAACUCGAAGCAGAAAAUGUGUAUUUGUAGGAUAUCCAUUUGGAAAAAAAGGAUGGAAGGUUUAUGAUCUAGAAGCAAAUGAGUUCUUUGUUUCUAGAGAUGUUGCGUUUUAUGAAGAGAAGUUCCCUUUUGAGCAGAAACAGUCCCCUUCUCUGCUCAUCUUAGAACAAGGCACUCCCGUACAGAUUGCGGAUGUUUUUCGUGAUACAGAGGUGAGUCAAUCGUAUGUCGAGGAAGAAAGUCCGGUUGAAAGAAGUCCACCAGUUCCUGUCGAAACAGAGGAGGCUGAAACAAGUUCACCAGUUCCUGUCGAAACAGAGGAGGCUGAAACAAGUUCACCAGAGAAGAUGAAGAGGAAGAAGCUGCAACUAGGGUUUUUUGUUCCUCCUGUAAGAACGGUGGGGUGA